AUGCCUAGUGGGCAAGUUGAAGACACUCAGGCGUCGUUAUCUUCUUUACAACCCAUCGCAUCCAACACCAGUGAAAUUGGAGAUGAAGAGUAUACGUUAUCACAAGCCAAAAGCGAUGCAUUACCGGUGGAUCAAAACUUGGAGAAUUAUAGACAAGCAUGCCAGAAUGGGGAUUUGAAUGCUAUCAAAGAGUUGCUAGAUUCUGGUGUUAUUGAUAUUAAACAUGAUUUCUACGAGAAGGAGAGAAUUUCUGGUUUGCAUUGGGCGAGUAUUAAUAACCGAAUGUCGAUCGUCCAGUAUCUUAUCCAAAGAGGAGCCGACGUCAAUUUUGCAGGUGGAGAUCUGAAUGCGACACCAUUGCAUUGGGCUUCGAGAUAUGGGUAUGUGUAUAUUGUGGAUUUGCUGAUGAAAAGUGGCGCAGACACCACUCUCACCGAUGACCAAGGUUUCAAUGUGUUCCAUCUCGCGAUCAAUUCCUCUAACAUAAUGCUGGUAAUUUACUUGCUGUACUUUGGCGUCGGAGAUACGAUAGAUAUCAACUCGACGGAUUCAAAUGGGAGAACUGCUCUGCUUUGGGCGGCUUACCAAGGUGACUCUUUGUCGGUAAAGGCAUUGUUGGAUUUUAAGGCGGACAGCAAAAUCUGCGAUGAUAGUGGGUUUUCUCCCCUGCACUGGGGGACAGUGAAGGGUCAGUCCAUGGUUUUGCAGCUUCUCAUGGGAAAUGGUGACGAUGUUUUUCAAAAGACUGGAGAUGGGAAGGACUGUUUUACGAUUUCGAGAGAACUCAGUACAGUGGCUAGUUUGGAAGAUGCCAUGUUUGCAUGCGGCAUGGAUCAAAGUGGUCAUCCACUGAAAGUCCUUUUCAAAAGCAAAGCAAAUGCCAAAAUCGCGAUUUUUCUCUGCCCGACUAUAAUUCUUGGGCUAAUUCUCGAGUUUUAUGCCCAUUUGCAUAUUGCAUUAGCGGUACUCUUCUCAACGAUCACCGCAACCGCCUUUUUUACCUUUUUAAAACAAUUCGUGUUCACCUCUAUUGGCAUGAGAAAGAACAGAGACGCUUUCCUCAAGACCCCUUUUUUAUCAGGGCUGCUUUUCGGAACAUUUGUCUGGUUACUAUACUCUUGGUUUUUGACGGUUCUGCCCGUGACUUUAUCAGACGAAAUGGGACUGAAUGCGGCUUUCUUUAUUCUCUUCUCGGCCACUAUUUACCUCUUCGCGAACCUUUUAAAUUCCGAUCCUGGUUCCAUUUAUAACGUGCAAAAUCCCGAAGGGACUAAGACUACUAUUAAAGAGCUACUUCGUAUUGGGAAAUUUGAUGCGCGUCAUUUUUGCAUUAACAGCUACAUCAGAAAACCUUUGCGCUCCAAAUACUCAACUUUUAGUAAGUCACUUAUUGCCCGAUUUGACCACUUCUGUCCUUGGAUCAAUAACGAAGUGGGACUCAAAAAUCACAAACAUUUCUUGUUGUUUGUUGUUUCCAUGGAAAUCGGUCUUAUGGUACUUAUAAUGCUUUAUUUGGAGUAUUUUGAUGAAUUGGAGGACAAAUAUGAAAGUGAUAAGAAUCAAUGUCUGAUCCUGGGCAAGAAUUUGUGCGCCGCCUAUAAUCAUGACGCAUUUUCGUUGGGACUUUUCUUUUGGAUUGCAUUUCAAGGAUGUUGGAUCAUGUUUUUGCUGGUAGUACAGGUUUUCCAAACCUUUAAAGGUGUCACGAAUCAAGAGUUUAACGAUUUGAUGAAAAAAAAUGGUGAACACACCGCCGAUUUUAGUGAAAUCUUCACUACAACUCCCUCGGAAUUGAUAUCUGCAGAAGAGUCAAAUCUAGGAUCGGAACCCGCAGAACUGGCGUCAGAUCCGCCAUUUUCACGCUCCUUCAGGUCAAGGACAUGUUUCGGGCUUUGUUGUGCUCUUACGGGACUUGACCAGUUCUUAUUGGUUUUUAAGGAGUACCUCGGUGUCAUGCAAUCGAAUCCUGCAUCAUCAUCGGCCAGAUCAUCCAGAUUUCGUAUCCCUACUGAUUAUGGCUGGAAAACCAAUUUAAAAGAUUUUUGGCUCACAAGCGACACAACUGCCCCGCUAUGGCAGCGACUUUUCAAGGCUCCUGUGUCUUUCAAAGCGCUCUUAGACGGGCGUGAAGUGGAUUAUUCGACUUUAUAUGCUUUGCCUGAAACUCAACUUUCCAUUGAAGAAGCUGUAUAA